GCCUGGGCAGACUCUCGGAGUGAGACAGGCCUAACCGUUAUCGAGGCUUUGGUUUACCAAUAACUACCGGCUGGCUGAUAAUAGCACUGACAUCGAUACUACCUACACGUACAGGUGGGAAUCUAAAAAGAGGCUAGGCUAGAUUAGGUACCUAACCUCCUCAAAUAGGAGGUACCUUAGAAAUGUACAUACGUGUACAUGACAUACGCGCAUAGCGUGUAUGGAUGUAGCGACGAAUGCCUGGCAGUGUUAUAGGCCCGCAGUACCUAGCUAGUAUGUUCAUAUCAUCGACGAGACUUUGACCUCGUCGUAGUCCGUUCGCGCCCACACGACAUGCAUCCAGUUCAGGCGUCUCUUAAGGCAGCCUUCGAGACGUUGCCAACCGCUGAGCUCGGGAUCUUGGAUCGUUUACCCGCAGAACUCGUGUCGAUGAUCCUCCGCGAGCUCGACAUCGAAGAUGCCGUCGACUAUGGAGCCGCCUCGUCUGAUUUCCAUGGAAGUCUCCACGAGUGGCAGAAGCGACUGCUACUUUCGCAUCUUGGCCAACCGAAGCGUCAAGUACAUCACCAUCAGGGCCGGGGCCCUCGACGCUGAGUCGUUGGAUGACAUGCCCCUUGAUUUCCAGAAUAUUCUCCCUCCUCUUCCCUACCAAGAAGAUGCUUGGAAGUCAGCGUGUGUCACUCGCAAUCCCUCGUCCUGUCAACUGGAAGCGACGCUGUCGUCGGCCGAUUUGCCCAGUGUGGAAACGAUCUGGCAUCCACGGAUGAUCGACCAUCUUGACAUCGAACGCACUGAGUAUCUCGCUCUGUUGACUCAGGAAUGCAAAUGGAAGGCGGAUUCUGCACCAGAAAGAAUGAUUGCCAAGAUGGCGCGCUUCCACUGGGAGAUCCAAUACAUGGAGGCCGAAACCCGCAUGUACCAAGCCCUUGAGGGCCGGGGCAUCGCUCCCAAAUUCCUCGGGCACAUCCACGAGGCAGGCAGGGUCAUCGGGUUCCUUCUAGAGAAAGUCCCGGACGGGCGGAACGCCGAGCCAGCCGAUCUGGAGAUCUGCGAGGCGGCCUUGCGGCGCUUUCAUGCGCUGGGGUUUGUGCAUGGGGACUGCAACAAGUACAACUUCAUAAUAUGCCCGGAUGGGCAGGUUGUCCUCAUUGAUUUCGACAAGGCGAAGACUUGCGCCGACUCAGCUCUGAUGGAGGCGGAGAUCGCGAGCUUGGAGGGGCAAUUGGCUGAGACGACAGGUCGUGGUGGUGGGCUUAUGUCAUCUGAUGAAGGAGACAGUGACAGGGGGUCGGAGGGAUAAUAGACACCAGACGUGCUUCGCUCCAAGUAGUGGAAGCUGUUUCUCAGAGUGUAUUCUCUCUGCUCAUCACCGAAUCCUAGUCCAACGCGUUUCCGCGCCUCCCAAGAUCUCUCCUGACCCGCCCAACCGUCGACCCAAUAGCCCGCUUCUGGCCUCUUAUGGUGCGGCUCGUACCUCUAUCUAAAGACGCAUGCAUCCUUAGAUCCUCUGUAGUAACGCAAGCAAUGUUUAAUAUUUACGGACUGUAGAUCCGCUUCAAAUCGCGGACUUUGGUCCAGCUUGAAGUUACCAAUGCAGAGUUCCAAAACGGAGCCCCAACCCCUACGGUUUCCACUGUUGGCCCACCCAUGUUGCGCCACGCCUGCCGGCCGAUCCAGCC